AGGAAGUGCGAGUGAAGGCGAAGACCGAAACCCAAAAGGCUGAAGUUUCACUGAAAACUUUAGCUUUAUUUAACUGUCUUUUUGUGGACUGUCCGUAAGGAUUCGACCGAGUAACUGUUGGAUUCACCAGGAGCAAACUGAAGAUGCCGAGCAUGGAAAAAAAUCUAUUCAAUUUAAAAUUUGCUGCCAAAGAACUCCAAAGAAACUCCAAGAAAUGUGACAAAGAGGAAAAAAUAGAGAAGGCUAAAGUCAAGAAAGCCAUCCAGAAGGGGAAUAUGGAAGUGGCCAGGAUCCAUGCAGAGAACGCCAUCAGACAGAAGAACCAGUCUGUGAACUUCCUGAGGAUGAGCGCUCGGGUAGAUGCGGUGGCAGCAAGGGUCCAAACUGCAGUUACAAUGAACCAGGUCACAAAAUCUAUGGCUGGAGUGGUGAAAGGCAUGGAUGCCACUCUGAAGAGUAUGAAUCUGGAAAAGAUUUCAGGUCUCAUGGACAAAUUUGAACACCAGUUUGAAACUCUGGAUGUUCAGACGGCCCAAAUGGAGGACACCAUGAGCAGCACAACAACACUCACGACACCACAGAAUCAAGUGGAGUCACUACUGCAUGAAAUGGCAGAUGAAGCAGGACUUGACCUGAACAUGGAGCUCCCUCAGGGACAGACAGGAUCAGUGGGUACCAGCGUGGCCUCUGCAGAACAGGAUGAACUCUCUCAAAGGCUCGCCAAACUCAGAGAUCAAAUGUAAAGGACGGCGGUCAUCCUUUACAUUGGAGUAUUUCAGGUGGACUAGCGCCAUAAUGCAGAGCGCAAAAAACACCUGUACACUACCUGAAUAUAACUCCCAAACACCUUUUGAUUUACAUCAUGUCCUCUCCUCUCUUUACAUCUCAUGUGUCUCUCUUGAGGAGCUACUGUAUCAUUGUUUUUUGUUUUUUUGCCCUUGUUGGUUCUGUAUUGAUGAUAUACUCACAGCAAUUACAAUUAUUCUUUGGACACCUUACACUAACAAAACUGCUGGGUAUGGAAAAUGUAUGUAUUUCUUAAGCAUAUAUAAUUAUCAAUAAAGAAGAUCCAAUUUAGCUUUAUUUUUAAUUAUGCACACUUAAGAAGACCACACAUUAAAAUAAUUUGGAUUGCAGAAAUUAUUACCCUGUAUAUUAUUUAUAAACCAAUUUCAUAUACUUACGGUGUUUGAGCUUAAGGCUUUGGAUGAUAGAAUUCAGUUUUUGCGUGAUUGCAGAAAACAUAUAUGCAUUUACUCUUCCUGGUAUCAGAGUGUGAAAGACCUUCCCCCAUACUGGUGAUAGACUUCUUGAGUUGUUUUGUUGUAUUUUACUUCUGACAAAUAUUUUAAGAAGAUAGUGGAUGAUUAGCCCAUAUGUUUGUCUGGUCAUCUUAAAUGUUUUCACUGAUUGUUUGGGAAGGGGUUACAGUUUGGAGAUUAGAUACAGAAAAUAAACAAUAAAAUUUUAUAAUACUUUUA